CAGUCUCAUUCCAGCAUCAGUCGCGCAUCAUGGAUCUGCGGGGCUCACACACUAUUGGAAUGAUUUUACCGCUGUAUCUCAUCUUUUACUUCAUCACAGGCUCCGUCAGCAAAGAGAGCUGUGAUUCUCCGCUGGUUUCCGCUCUGCCUCAGUCGGCCUUCACAAGCUCAUCAGAGCUGUCCAGCAGUCACGGGCCGGGCUUCGCCAAACUCAACCGCAGAGACGGUGCCGGAGGCUGGUCCCCGCUGGACUCUAAUAAGUACCAGUGGCUGGAAAUCAAGCUGGAGCAGCGGACGGAGAUUACAGCCAUCGCCACCCAGGGCCGAUACGGCAGCUCUGAUUGGCUCACACGCUACCUCCUCAUGUUCAGUGACACGGGCCAUAAUUGGAGGCCGUACCGACAGGAGGAUAGCAUCGGGGCUUUCUCUGGGAACUCGAACGCUGACAGUGUGGUGAUGUACAAACUCCAGCAGCCGGUCAUCGCUCAGUACAUCCGGAUACUGCCACUCCACUGGAACCCCAACGGCAGGAUCGGCCUGAGACUGGAGGCCUACGGUUGCCAAUACAAGUCUGAUGUGGUCAGUAUUGACGGCAGCGCUCACUUGCUCUUCAGGCCGGAUCCCAGCAUCACUCCAUUAAACAGAGACGUGUUGUCCAUGAACUUCAAAACCCUGCUGAACUCUGGGAUGCUGGUUCACAUGGAGGAGCACAGCGGACACUCGCUCACUCUGGAGUUAUUCAGAGGGAAACUCCUCCUACAGCUCAGAAAAGGCCGGGGUUUGUGGGCUGAUUUCCACCCUCUGGUGUCUCUGGGCAGUCUGCUGGACGAUCAGCACUGGCAUCACGUCAGCGUGGAGCGAGUUCGAGGACUCGUGAACUUCACCGUGGACAAAAACACCCAGCAGUUCCAGCUGCUCGAGUCCUGGAGUCACUCUGAGAUAAACGAGAUCAGUUUCGGUGGAACGUCAGCGCCUGGACUCCAGAAAUCCCACUCCAGAAGAAACUUCCACGGUUGCUUGGAAAACGUGCUUUACAACGACAUCAGCGUGAUCGAGCGAGCCGAAGAGCAGCAGGUCUUCAUCACAGGGAACGUCAGCUUCACAUGCACCGAAUCCAUAGACGUGCCGGUGACCUUCGCCAGUCCUGGAAGUUACCUCGCUUUGCCGUGGGUCUCCGGUGGAGAAAGCGCGUCGGUCGCUCUGCAGUUCAGGACCUGGAACAGAGCGGGUCUGCUGAUGACCUUUGACCUGCAGCAUAACGCGGGAACGCUGUGGCUCUAUCUGAGCGAGGGCAGAGCGCGACUGCAGAUCCAUAAGACCGGCCGGAUCGUGACGGACAUCACCGCAGGUGCCAGUUUAAAUGACGGUCAGUGGCACUCGCUGGAGCUGGCUGUCCGUCGGGGGCGUCUCGCAGUCACCCUGGACAAAACCGACAGCUCUACAGCAUCCACUUCCUUCCCUGUCGCGCCUGACAGCCAGCUAUUCUUAGGUGGAUGUCCGGACACAGAAGACGGCAGCGGCUGCAGAAACCCGUUCAGUGUUUUCCAAGGAUGCAUGCGUCUCAUCCGGACGGACGGCACUUUAGUGGAUCUCAUCCGAGUGCAGCAGAUGUUGUUUGGGAAUUUUAGCGAUCUGCAGAUGGACAUGUGUGGGAUCGUCGAUAGUGAAUCUCCUGAAGACGAGGCUGUUUUUGUGACAGAGCAAUUUCUUUCUUCUGUGUGUUUGAUGGGCACUAAAUGCGCCGCUGUGACCGAGCCGUUCAGAGCCGACCUGCUAAAAGAGCUAGAUGAAGGCGAGCAAGUCAAAGCAGAUGACAUUUUACAACUGAGGAGAACCACUGAUUUAGCCCUUCCCGCCACCAAGGAGACUGCCCGUGCUAUUGGGCGGUCCAUGGCAGCUCUGGUGGCGGUGGAGAGGCGUUUGUGGUUGAGCCUGUCCGAUAUGAAAGAGAAGGACAGG